AUGGGAAAUAAAAGUUCAAGUCCUAGGGAUGGGGGGAGUUGGAGGCAAUCUUCAUCAUUCUCAUCCAGUUCGUCAAAUUCGUGGCAACACGAACAUCCUCAAUCAACAAAUUCACAAUACACUCAGAAUUAUCCUGUGCAGCAUCCUUAUCCAGCAGGAUAUCCAGAACCUAAUCAGUACUAUGCUCCUCCUCAAAAUUAUGGGGCUCCUUCCCAAUCACAUGCUUCGCAAAAGAAGCUAGACAGGAGGUAUUCGAGGAUUGCGGACAAUUAUAAUUCAUUAGAGGAGGUGACUGAAGCUCUUUCACGUGCUGGCCUUGAGUCUUCCAACCUAAUUGUUGGUAUUGAUUUCACCAAGAGCAAUGAAUGGACAGGUAAGAGAUCAUAUAAUGGUCGAAGCUUACAUCAUAUUGGAAGUGGUUUAAAUCCCUAUGAACAAGCUAUAUCUAUUAUUGGGAAAACCUUGGCGGAUUUUGAUGAGGAUAACUUGAUCCCCUGUUUUGGAUUUGGAGAUGCAUCAACCCACGAUCAAGAUGUAUUCAGUUUCUAUCCGGACGAGAGAUUUUGCAAAGGAUUUGAAGAUGUUUUAAGUCGUUACAGGCAAAUUGUUCCUAAUCUAAAAUUGGCAGGACCAACAUCAUUUGCACCUAUAAUUGAAAUGGCCAUGACUAUUGUUGAGCAGAGUGGAGGCCAGUACCAUGUUUUGCUUAUUAUUGCUGAUGGACAGGUAACCAGAAGUGUUGAUACUGAAAGCGGUCAGUUAAGUCCACAGGAGCGGCAAACUGUUCAAGCAAUCGUCGAAGCAAGCAAGUUUCCUUUGUCUAUUAUUUUGGUUGGGGUUGGAGAUGGCCCCUGGGAUAUGAUGAAGGAAUUUGAUGAUAACAUUCCUGCUCGUGACUUUGAUAAUUUCCAGUUUGUAAAUUUUGCAGAGAUUAUGUCCAAAAAUGUGCAACAAUCUCGAAGAGAGACAGAGUUUGCUCUUUCAGCAUUGAUGGAAAUUCCAUCCCAAUACAAAGCAACAAUGGAGCUUAAUUUGUUGGGUGGAAGAAAAGGAAAUGCUCCCGAGAGGAUUGCGCUUCCUCCUCCUGUCUAUGGUGCAGCAUCAGGCCACAGUUCGAAAUUCUCAAAUGCAACUAGUUUUCAACAUAGCUCGGGUUCAUAUUAUGACGACAAAAGUUCUGCUGCUCCUCCAUCUGCUCCAAGAUCUACUUAUGACAAUCAGGUUUGUCCCAUUUGCCUUAGUAACCCAAAGGACAUGGCAUUCGGUUGUGGGCAUCAGACGUGUUGUGACUGUGGACAAGACCUUCAGCUUUGUCCAAUUUGCCGAAGUCCAAUCCAAACCAGAAUAAAGCUCUACUAA